AUGACAACAGCACCACAGAUAUACAAGGCCCAGGAGUUGACGGAAGCCCAGAAGAAUCUCAUCAAGGCCUCUGUGCCCAUUCUUGAGUCUAGCGGUCUCGAACUCACCAAAGCGUUUUACAACUCGAUGCUUAAUGGGAACCCUGAGGUGAGACCUUUCUUCAAUGACACCAACCAGAUCACAUACAGACAGCCAAAAGUGUUAGCAUUUGCAUUGCUCAACUAUGCGAAGAAUAUUGACGACUUGACGCCCUUGACCGACUUCGUCAAGCAGAUUGUCGUCAAGCACGUCGGCUUGCAAGUGAGAGCUGAGCACUACCCCGUUGUGGGUAACCACUUGAUCACAACUAUGGGUAAGCUUUUAGGCGAGAAGAUCGCCACCCCAGAGUUUGUGGAGGCUUGGAGCAUUGCUUACGGUAACUUGGCUCAGCUUUUGAUUGACGCUGAGUUUGCAGAGUACCAGAAACAACCAUGGGAGGGAUUUAAGGAUUUCGUGGUGACUAGAAUCGAAGAAGAGACCGACGAUGUCAAGUCUGUCUACUUCAAGCCCGCUGAUGGCUCAAAAGUGGCAAAGCCUUUAAGAGGACAGUACCUUGGUUUCAGGUUCUUGAUACCAGGCAGCGACGUUGAGAAGUCCAGAGAAUAUUCCAUCUCUGAGUAUCCAGAGUCUGGAGAAUACCGUAUCUCAGUGAAAAAAUUGGACCAAGGUGUCAUCUCAAAUUACAUCCAUAACACGUUGAAGGUGGGUGACAACAUAAAGGUCGCCCCUCCUGCUGGUAGAUUCACGUACCAGGAAAACGACAAAGACGUUGUUCUCUUUGCAGGCGGUAUUGGUAUCACUCCACUCGUCUCCAUUGCUGAGAAGGCUUUGAAGGACGGUAAGAAAGUGACCCUUCUCUACUCCAAUCAACGUGCUGAAUCGGUGCCUUUUGAGAAAUGGUUCCAACAGAAGAAAGAGGAAUACCCUCAGUUGUUUAAGUUCAUCAAGCUCAAUGACAAUGAGAACACAAAGCUCUCUGCUGAACACUUUGACGCCUUGGACUUGGCUAACUCCGAAGUUUACAUGCUUGGUCCUCUUGGUUACAUGGAGUUUGUUAGAGGCGAGUUAGAAAAACGCAACAAGUCGGACAUCAACUCUGAGUUUUUUGGUCCAACUGCAGUUUAA